AAGCUGACAUAAGGAAGUGUUGUGCGUCACACAGAUAUUCACUUACUGCUUAAAGACAUUCUAGCCUCACCUCCGAAAUGGAGUUUUUUCACAGUUCUCCAAUGAAACUCUUGCUUUUCGCUGCUUGGUUUUCAAGUGUGCUGGAACCAUGCAGAUUUGCUGACAUUUGCCAGUCCUGUCACCAGAAUGCCACCUGCACUGAUUCAAAAACUGCCUGCUACUGCAAACAAGGGUUCACUGGUGAUGGAAUCAGCAAUUGCCAGGAUGACAAUGAGUGUGAUAAUGUAACUGGAAUAUGUGGCCCACAUGCCAACUGCACCAACACUAUUGGACAUUACCACUGUACCUGUUUGUCUGGAUUCAAAUCAAAUGGAAAGGAGCAAUUUCAAACUAAUGAUGGGACCAACUGCACAGAUAUUGAUGAGUGUAAGGAUGCCGCUGAUAGAUGUGGACCCUCUUCUAAAUGCCACAACACAAACGGUUCAUUCAUCUGCUCAUGUCUGAGAGGUUAUACGUCCCCAGCAGGGCCCUGGUUCAUGCCUAACAGCGGGACAGACUGCACAGAAAACCCAAAGAAGAACUGCCAUCAGGACCACAAAUGUAUUAAAGAGGCUGUUAACAACACACUGCAAAAAAUGAUUAAUUUGUCAACUCCAGAGCGUCUGAAAGAGAUAAGACAUCAAACAUCAACUGAACUCUCCCCUGUUCUCCUCAUAUCAUACAUUGAGGCCAUGGCCAACCAUAAACUAGGCGCUGGAGAUGAGUCUGAACAUCCUGAGGAAUACAUCAAUGAAACCAUCACGAAUUUGGUUUUUAGCGUGAAUAACUUAGUCGAGAAGGAUGAAAAGGUGGAAUGGGACAGGAUUAAUGAGGAUUUGAAGAAGUAUUACAUCACCACACUCCUUCACACAGCAGAGAAGGAAACACUGGCCCUGUCUGCUGGAUACACACACACUACGCAGAUGCAGGUGGAUGCCGGUGAAGUAGAAAUGAAACUAUACACUUUUGAACCCCACCAAGCACAUAAGCAUCCAGUUUCAACCAACAUCCAAGGAAACUCCAUUUCACUGACCCCUAAGAAUGCAAAAAACAAAAGCAAUAAUGGCAGCACCUCCAUUGUAUUUCUGAUCUAUAACAGUAUUGGGGAUCUUUUAAAGCCAACUGAUGACCCUGGUGUGGCCGAUUACUCUCGCUAUGCAGCAGCGGGUGAAAUUACAGUUAAUUCUCCAGUAAUAGCAGCAGCCAUCAGCAACCCAAAUACAUUUGCACUGAGCAAUGUGACCUUCACUCUCAAACACACACAGGAGAUAGAUCCUGCCCAUGACGAGACUAAGUGUACAUUCUGGGAGUAUUCCCAGAGUAUGAUGGGACACUGGAGUUUGGAUGGCUGCACACGCAUUCAUGUGAAUUCCACUCAUACUUCGUGUUCCUGCAAUCACCUGACACACUUUGCUAUUCUCAUGUCCUCUGCUCAAGCCAAUUUGCUUGCGCAUUAUAAUGUUCUGACGAGGAUAACGCAGCUGGGAAUGGUGAUCUCCUUAAUAUGCCUGUCGCUGUGUAUCUUCACAUUCUGGUUCUUCCGAGACAUUCAGAACACCAGAACCACGAUCCACAAGAACCUCUGCUGCAGCCUUUUCAUGGCUCAGUUCAUCUUCCUCAUCGGGAUUAACAAGAUUGCACACAAGUGGUUCUGUUCUCUUAUUGCUGGUCUGCUGCACUAUUUCUUCUUGGCUGCAUUUGCUUGGAUGUGUAUAGAGGGGAUCCAUUUAUAUCUCAUCGUUGUUGGUGUCAUCUAUAACAAAGGUUUCCUCCACCGGAACUUCUACAUAUUUGGUUAUGGGAGCCCUGCAGUGGUCGUCGCAAUAUCUGCAACACUUGGCUAUAAAUAUUAUGGCACCAGUACUGUGUGUUGGCUGAGCACUGAAAAUAACUUCAUCUGGAGUUUCAUAGGACCAGCCUGUCUGAUCAUUCUGGUUAAUUUGCUGGCAUUUGCUGUGAUCAUCUUUAAGGUUUAUCGUCACACUGCAGUAAAGAAACCUGAAAUCAGUCACUAUGAAAAUAUCAGGUCUUGUGCAAGAGGAGCUAUUGCUCUUCUGUUUGUUCUGGGAGUUACCUGGACAUUUGGUGUCAUGCACAUAUUAUAUGAGACCACCCUCACAGCGUAUCUCUUUACCUUCGCCAAUGUGUUCCAGGGGAUGUUCAUUUUCAUAUUCCUUUGCGUUCUAUCCAGAAGGAUUCAAGAGGAGUACUACAGAUUAUUCAAGAAUGUUCCAUGUUGUUUUGAGUGUCUGCGAUGAACUUUAUCACAAAAGAGAUUAACUUCAGCGCCAGUCUGCAAAUGCUUUUAAAUCUAAGCACUAUAAAGAUGUACUUAUGAAAAUUUGUGCAAAAGUUCCAAUAUAUUUAUUUUUUGAGAGAAAUGUAUUAAAAUGUAAUAAAAGCUAAAAUGUUACUGAACACUAUGAUAUAGAAGUUUUAUAACCAAUUGCAUUCAGCAGCUAAAAGUUUGACAGUCAAUAGCAAAAUAUUUCUUUAUUUCUGACAAUUGAUUGACUAAGAUGAUUUUAUAUGUAAUGUAUUCCAUACUAAUAAAAAAAACAUUUUCCUCC